AUGGCUCGAGCUGUCGGCAAGAUGUGGGAAAGGUACUGCCUGCGGCCCGCUCUCGAAUCCAGUCCCACCUUUAUUCCGGUCUUCCUGUACGGUACAGCCUGGAAAAAAGAACAGUCGGCCGAUCUCGUUUACACCGCGGUCAACGCCGGCUUCCGGGCGAUUGACACGGCGGCCCAGCCAAGACACUACCAGGAAGAUUCGGUGGGCGAUGGAAUCCGCAGGGCGAUUGCUGAUGGAAUUGUUCGCCGGGAAGACUUAUAUGUGAGUCCAUUCAAGUCGUCAUCUACAACUGAAUUUAGUCUAAUCCAAGUCAAGGUGCAAACCAAGUUCAGCCCUAUCGGAGCGCAGGACCCGAACAACAUGCCGUAUGAUCCAGAGACCUCCGUGACAGAGCAGGUUCAAACGUCCGUCAAGUCCUCAUUGCACAAUCUUCGGCCGGAUCUAGACCCUGCUAGCGUGGACGAUGCCUAUAUUGACACGCUAGUGAUUCAUUCACCGCUACGCACUGUAGAAAUGACCCUGGAAGCUUGGUCUGCACUAGAGACUUACGUGCCUCACCGGAUCCGGAACCUGGGUAUCUCGAACUGUUCUUUGCCUGUACUUCGCGAACUCAAUGACUCUCCCCGGGUCAAAGUGAAGCCUGCAGUGGUGCAGAACAGAUUCUACGAGGACACCUUGUUUGAUGUCUCUCUGCGUGCCUUCUGUCGCGACCAUCAGAUCAUCUACCAGAGCUUCUGGACCUUGACAGCCAACCCCGAUCUGAUGCGUUCUACACCCGUCCAACAACUGGCUACACGUACCGAUAUCAGUGCCGCAGCCGCCCUGUACACUUUGGUGAUGGGAUUGGGCAACAUCACCGUCUUGAAUGGGACCAAGAAUGAAGGACGCAUGAGAGAAGACCUGGCAGCGCCAAAAAAAGUAGAGGACUUCACGCAGGCACAGCCGGAGCAAUUCUGA